CUUCACUCGCCAUUGGAAAAAAAUUGAUUUGAUUGUAAAAAUUGUCACUUGUUCUUAAUUUUUGUCCUAAAUUUGGUGUGAGAAUAAUUUGAAUGAGUUCACUUAAAAUACCCUGAUAAUGUGAUUUACUUAUGUUAUUCGAGUUAGUUCAUAUCAUUUCUUUUAACUCGUUUUAUUCUGGUGGAAAGUUCUUUCGUUUUAGUGAGAGUCGUUAUUACAAAACAUUUCACCAUGACUUCAGCCCUGUACUUGGAGCAUUACCUUGACAGUCUCCAGCACCUGCCGAUAGAGCUGCAGCGGAACUUCAAACUGAUGCGGGACCUGGACGACCGCGCGCACGGGCUCAUGAGAACCAUUGACCUUAUGGCAGACGAAUUGCUCCCGAAUAUUCCCAAAAUGGAUGAGGAAGAGAAGAAAGAGAAGGUAAAUACGAUCCAAGGUUUGUUCAACAAGGCCAAGGAGUAUGGCGACGACAAAGUGCAACUCGCAAUCCAGACUUAUGAGUUAGUAGAUAAACAUAUCCGUCGCCUUGACUCCGACCUUGCGCGGUUCGAGUCCGAGAUACAGGAGAAAGUGAUGAGUGCCCGCGCCGCCCAGCAGGCCGCCGCCGAGCAGGAGACGGCCAGCACCACUGUGAAGAAAGGCCGAAAGAGGCACAAAGGCAAUGAAAAGUCAGCUGCUACAGCUAGCAAAAAGAAGAGAGCUGGUGCUUCCAGCGAGGAUGACACUGUCACUACAGUAGUCAAGAAGAAGAAGACAUCUCGCAAGGGAGCCAAUUCAAUAGCAAAUGCAGUGAUUGAGCAGGAGGAGAAUGCUGAUUUAGACUCUGUAGCGGGAAUGGCCCACCCCAGUGACGUGCUAGAUAUGCCUGUGGACCCUAAUGAGCCAACCUAUUGCCUUUGCCAUCAAGUGUCUUACGGUGAGAUGAUUGGGUGUGACAAUCCUGACUGUCCUAUAGAGUGGUUCCACUUUGCAUGUGUUGACCUCAAAAUUAAGCCAAAAGGCAAGUGGUACUGUCCCAAGUGUACGCAGGACAGAAAGAAGAAAUGAUCCGCACCUAAACCUGUUGUCAAAACAGAAAAGACUGUCAAUAACUCAAAGAAGUGACUUAUUAAAUUACAUAGUGUGUAACAUAUUUCACAUAAAAAGUCCACUAUUACAGCUUUUCACAAUAACAGGUAAUAAGCACUCCGUCUGUGGACUAUUUAUGUGAAACAAAAUAUAGCAAAAAUUACAAUACAAUCCCCAUUAAUAUGUUGAUAAAUUUGUAAUUUCUGAAAUGUAAAGAUAAAAGAUGACCAAUUAUAUUUAAAAUUAUAUUGAAAUUGAGAAAUACUGCAAUAAUGUAGGCAAUUUAAGUAAUAUAUAAAAAGUAACCUGUUUACUUAUGUAGUAUGCAGAAUGUCUAUAUUAUUAAAAUGCUAGCCAUGGAAUAAGUUACACAUAAUAUUACAUAUACUCUGGUCCUGAGUGGAAAACCUCUGAAUUAACAUACCCACUUAUAGCUUUUUUAUGAAAUAUAUUGGGAUUAAGUAUAAAUUAAUAUAAAUAUUUAUUGUAAUGAGUAAAAUGACUCAAAUGUAAAACUGUUACAAAGUUUUCAUAAUUCACUGUCCUUUGACAAAUUCCCCCUACACAGUGAGACCCGGCUACUAUUAUAAUACAAAGGUAUUCCUCAAUGGACCUCAUGAAGUGUAGUGAGCUUAGUGACAAAAUGAGAAAGAAUAUUAUUUAAAAAAAUGCUAAUAUAUGAACUGUUAGAUAUAGUGUAAGUCACGUCUUAUG